AUGAGCCAGCAAUCUCAGGGCGGCUACCGAGCCUAUGGAGGGGACUCGAGGCUCGCCAAUGAGGCCCCGCAGAUUUACAGCGCCGUCUACUCCGGUGUCGACGUCUACGAGAUGGAAGUCAAUGGUGUCGCCGUUAUGCGCAGGCGGCAAGACAGCUGGCUCAAUGCUACCCAGAUCCUCAAGGUGGCCGGUGUCGACAAGGGAAAGCGCACAAAGAUACUCGAAAAGGAAAUCCAGACUGGCGAGCACGAAAAGGUCCAGGGAGGAUACGGAAAAUACCAGGGCACCUGGAUCAAGUUCGACCGUGGCGUCGAAGUCUGCCGUCAAUACGGCGUAGAGGAAGUCUUGCGCCCCUUGCUGACGUACGACAUGGGUCAGGAUGGAGGAGUUGCAGGCCGAGGAGACUUCAACACCCCGACCAAGGAGCAGGCCAUGGCUGCGCAGAGGAAACGAAUGUACAAUGCGGGGAACGAGGCAAGGACGAACGCCAUGGCUGGUCUCAACGGCACCUUUUUCAAAAACAUCUCGACCACUGCGUCGCACGCUGUCGCUGCUAUCAGCAAGGCACGAUUCGACUCACCUGGCCCGAGAAGCCGUAACGGACCGACCAAGGCCCCCAGCUUCAGCCGCCAGAGCUCUAUGCAGAACGGCGAUGACUUCCCCGGCAACUCCCAACAAAGCUUCGCUUCCGACUACGGUAACCAGAACGACUCGGCCUAUUCGACCCAACAAACAAGUCAGCAGUUCGAUGGCCCAGAGCCGCCUAGGAAGCGGCAGCGUGUGACCAUGACACCGCAAGACAGCUUUGGAUACAACAACAACAACUCCAUGGAGAUGUACCAGAACCAGUUCCCCGGAUCGCCCACAGAACCCAACGAAUCCUUCAUCUAUUCUCAGGCCAACGCCCCGCCACACGACGGCCACAGCCCUCUGAGCCCUCUACCAUUCGAAAUGUCCCCCGAUGCGGAAGCCAAGCGUAGCAUGCUGAUGAGCCUCUUCAUGGACUCAGCAACCUCGGAUCAGUCAAAACAUGAGAUGCUGCGGACAUUGGCCCCCAUUGAACUGGACAUGCCUAUUGACCAACAAAGCCAUACCGCCCUACACUGGGCAGCUACGUUAUCACGCAUGUCCCUCUUGCGGGCCCUCAUUGCAGCAGGAGCCAGUCCUUUCCGAGUCAAUGCCUCUGGAGAAACCGCUUUGGUUAGGGCAUGUGUUGUGACAAACUCCAUGGACCUAGGACAGUUUCCCGAUCUUCUUGACGUUCUUGGAAGCACAAUCGAGGUCCGCGACAGCAAGGGACGGACCGUUUUGCACCAUAUUGCCAUGACAAGCGCCGUGAAAGGCAGGAACGCGGCGAGCAGGUAUUACCUCGAAAGCCUCCUGGAAUGGGUUGUGCGACAGGGCAGCAAUCCCAACGGGCAACUCGCUGCCAAUGGAAAGGGUGAGAGUGCUCCAGCCAGCUCACAAUCCCAGCCAUCAUCACAGCCCAAAAUGGGCAUUGCUCGCUUCAUGUCGGAGAUUGUGAAUGCCCAAGACCACGCUGGCGAUACGGCUUUGAAUAUCGCAGCACGGAUAGGCAACCGAAGCAUCAUCUCACAACUACUAGAAGUUGGUGCAGAUGGCGAAAUUGCCAACCGUGCUGGUCUGCGGCCUGUAGACUUUGGCAUCGGGGGUGAACCUGCGGAUGAAGCUUCCAAGAUUAUCAACGGAACCAAUGGCAACGCAACAAAUGGAGAUGUUGAAAAGAACGGACUCGUCAGCAGUGAGCCGACAAAGGAAAGCAGUGAUGACAUUAUUUCAUCCAUUACACAUCUUCUUACCGAAGCAAGCUCCACCUUCCAAAGCGAAGUGAAGUCAAAACAAGCCGUCAUCGAGUCUCUCCACACCACCCUCCGCACAACAUCGGCCCAACUAGGCGAGGCCAAGAGAAACCUCGAAGCCAUGCAGGCAACUCUGCGCAAACAGCAACUCGCGCGGCAAAAAGUCUCGAAUCUGAGCCAUGCCCGUGAAGAAGAGCAAGUGCGCCUCACGCAAGAACAGAACCGGGCAGGACGAACGAAUGCCCUCUCCUCGUCAUGGGAGACGGAACUCAGCGCCGCGCUAGAGACGGCCGGCACGAAUGGCGAAGGCGGCCUUUUGCCCUCAGCGGCGACCCUCAAGGCCAGGUUGAGCGCCGUGUCGGCAAGACGAGACGUCACGCGCAAGAUGGCCGGUGCGCUCAAGGGGAGGAGCAAAGACCUCGAGGUCAAGUACCGGCGCGUGGUGGCCAUGUGUACGGGGGAGCCCGAGGACCAGGUCGAUGCUGUUGUCGAUGGUCUGUUAAGGGCCGUGGAGAGUGAAAAGGGCGAGCUGGAGGUUGAGCGCGUGAGGCGGUUCCUCGGCGGCGUCGAGGGUGUGGUGCACUAA